AGAUGAGGUGUUCUGUUGUUUCAUGUAAAUCGUGUUUCUGCAUUUUCCCUCCUUCUGCACUCUUUUGAGUCUGCGUCUCAGAUUUCCGGCAGUCCCUGAAGGAGGCACAGAGCACAUCCAUCCAUUCGCCUCCAUUCACCGGAGAGGAGAGCACCGGAGAGCACCGGAGAGCACCGGGAGAGCACCGGGAGGAUAAGACACAGCACCUUCCCUCACUAGACGAUGUUGGUGUUGAUGUUACUCGUCGGCGUGAGUUUGUCCGGCGGCGACGGGUCGGCCGGUUCAGACUGCAGCCCGCCCGCCACGGAGACGAGCGGCGCGGUGCGUUUGCUGUCGGCGGUGGUCGACUCCCACAGAGCCGAGCUGAGCCGGAGGGAACACCUGGAGGCUCUGUUCAACAGGUACGGAGAAAACGGCAGCAUCUCUCUGGCCGGUUUAAAGCGUCUCUUACAGAACGUGGGCUUGGAUCGCAUCAGGACUGUUAUGGUGCAACACCAUGAGCAACCAGGCCACCACGAUCACCACCACCAUCAUCAUCACCACGGCCACCACCAACAUCACCACCAUCUCCAUAGCAACGACUCGAAUCACCAGAAACACGGCGAACCACCACAGCCCGGAAAGUUUCCAAAGGCCUCUGAAGUCUCCAAAGAUCAGGACAGUCACCACAACCUGCACGACAAGAAGACCGCGGCGACGGCGGCGUACAGCGCCCAGCUGAUGGUGAAACCAGAUGAAGUUCACAAGAGCCAAGACGGCAGCCUGGACCAACCCAGUCCUGCAGGGGGUGAGACCACCAGGGCGUCUGCUGCCAGACUGGUCACUGAGAGCCAGACGCCGGCAGCUGUAGUCAGCCGGGACGACCACGAUCACAACCACAUGAACCAGGAUCUUCCUCGCAACCGAAGCAUGGCCGGUGUAGAGUGCCUGAACGCCUCCAGCGUCCUCUCCUCACACGGGAUGACUCAGGAAAUGGGCAUGACCCUCGCUGACUUCAGCUUCCUCUGCCCCGCCCUCCUCAACCAGAUCGAUGGCGGAGCAUGCAUCCUGCACGGCGGCGCCGCAGAGCACGGGGAGAGAGUUCUAGACCAUAAACAUGGUCACGGUCACCAUGGAGACCACAACAACUCUGACCACGGCCACAGGGAGCGCUCUGGUGGAGACGGCAGCAAAAACAUCGCAAUAGCGUGGGUCGGAGGGUUCGUCUCCAUCACCGUCAUCAGCCUGCUGUCGCUGCUCGGCGUCGUCCUCAUCCCGCUCAUGAACAGAGUUUUCUUCAAGUUCCUGCUCAGCUUCCUGGUGGCGCUGGCCGUCGGCACGCUGAGCGGCGACGCCUUCCUCCAUCUCAUCCCCCACUCUCAGGGAGGCCACCAUCACGCCCACCACGAGGAUUCUGGGAUGGAUGUGGGAGGACAUCAUCACCCGGCCCACGAUGAGCCGGAGGAAAACCUGGACGCGGUGUGGAAGGGUCUGACGGCUCUGAGCGGAGUCUACGUCAUGUUUCUGAUCGAACACUUCCUGACGCUGGGAAAGAUGUACAAGGACAAGAAACAGAAGCAGAAGAAGUGGGAUCAGAACGACAAAGCAGAUCCGGAGAAGCAGCCUGCUCUGGAAGAGAACGACCUGAAGCCAGCCGAAGAUGUGGAGACGAACGGCGGCGGUAUGUUCGGCGACCACUCGAGCGACCUGCACGACAGCAGCGUGGCGGAGGAGGAGCAGGUGAUGCUGGCGCCGCAGGUGUCCGUCGUCUCGCCGCAGGGUUACGGCGGAGCGUCGGGGUCUGCCGCCGCCUACACCGCCGAGGACUGCGAGAACAAGUGCCACUCCCACUUCCACGACACGGUGGGCCAGGCCGACAGCAUGCACCACCACCACCACGACUACCACCACAUCCUGCACCACCACCACUCCCAGAACCACCACCCUCACAGCCACUCCCACUCCUACUCGGAGGAGCACUUCCAGCAGGCCGGCGUGGCCACGCUCGCCUGGAUGGUCAUCAUGGGAGACGGACUGCACAACUUCAGUGACGGCCUGGCGAUCGGCGCUGCCUUCUCCGAGGGUCUGUCCAGCGGUCUCAGUACGUCGGUGGCGGUUUUCUGUCACGAGCUGCCUCACGAGUUAGGUGACUUUGCGGUGCUCCUGAAGGCCGGCAUGACGGUGCGUCAGGCCAUUCUCUACAACGUGCUGUCGGCCAUGAUGGCCUACCUGGGCGUGGUGAUCGGCAUCUUGAUCGGACACUACGCGGAGAACAUCUCCAUGUGGAUCUUCGCCCUCACGGCCGGCCUCUUCAUGUACGUGGCCCUGGUGGACAUGGUGCCCGAGAUGUUGCACAACGACGCCGGCGACCACGGCUUCAGCCACUGCGGCUUCUUCCUGCUCCAGAACGCCGGCAUCCUGCUGGGCUUCUGCAUAAUGCUGCUAAUCGCCAUCUUCGAGCACAAAAUCCUGCUGGACCUGGGAGACUGACGGAGGGGCUCCGCCUGCGUUUCAGCGUCUCCGUCGGAAGCGUUCUAUUUUUUUAUUUUGUUAUUCUAGUCUAGUCCGGUCGCCUUCAUUUAGUUUGUAUUGAGAUACGUAGGUGUAGGAGGGAAGCAUCAGUUCAGAUGUCACAUUAUCCAAUGUCAUUUAAGAAGUUGAACCCCGCUCUGUUGUUGUUGAAGCUGACGGAUGCAGAAGCGACGCGUUCGUGAGCUGCUCAGACGUUACAGAUUAGUUAUAAAUACAACUGACAAAGUUGUUCUUUCAUUUACUUGGACUGCGGUUCAAACGUCUCCGUCUGGAGUCUACGGGAACAAAAGUAAAUAAGUGAAAAUCCACCCGUUCAUAUUACUCCUAAGGCCCAUUUCAUCAGCCUUCACUUCUUAGAGGUUCAUAUCUACGAUGAAUCCAAUAAGACAUGAACGCAGCAUGAGAAAACGUCCCCCUUGACCUCUUUUCCAUCAAAUAGAAUACCCCGUUAUGACUGAUUUAGUAAUGAUAGUAGUAUUAUGUGAGGUGUUGGAAGUGUCGAACCAGACACCCAAAGUGCCAUAACCGCCCCAAACUAUUUACAUUUUAAAGCUCCUCCUAGACGGUGGCGUUUCCAAAUUCAUACCACAAUCUUUGCCUAAAUGAAUCUUUGCACACAAUAUUAUCACGGUUAGGGUUGCAGCAGCAGCUCGUGAUCAUUUUACAUUAUCUAUUCAUUUAGUGUGUUAAAAUGAUGAUGAUUUUUUUUGUGCCAGAACUCAAGUUGACCUGAAGGAAAUCCACAUAAUAUUUAAUUUACGUUUAAAGAACGUUUCUGCUUGGAUAAAUUAAUAAUAGCUUGUUUUCUGUUGAUGGUUUCAGCUCGAAAGGCUCAGACACACCGACCCCAUAUCAGAGAACUGGCGGCGAUGAAGGCCGACUGUUGACGUGAAACCAAAACCGUCUGGUUUGUAAAACGGCGGCACGUGGAAUCAAGACCGUGCAGCUUUUAGGUCGGGGGGGGGGCCUAUAGGGUUAUCCAGCAAACACACGAGACACUCCUGAUCAAUUUCAACCAUCGAGGGGUCCCUUUUAGAAACUGCCAGUAGUUUUAACGGGAGACCAUCUUGUGAUGGGAUCACACCAGUCGGACGACAAAAUCGGGCCGUCCCCAUUUACUUCCCGACCCCCCCCCUAACAUCCAGCGCUCUUCCUCCUCGAAUCACACCCCGUCUUUGAACUCUGCCCUCAGUUUCAUGACUGCUUCUUGCAGCGGUUGCGACGCUGAUCACGGUGGACAAAAUCUGUCCCACAGACUUUGCAAAGUUUUCACGACUACAGUUAGAUUACAGACCUUAAAGACCUUUAAGGCUAACGAAGUAAAGAGUGUUAAUUGCCAAACCAAAAACAAAAUAAAGAUAAAAACGCUCACCGACGGCCCCAGACUGUCCGACGCUCGGUGGUUGGUUGGUGAGUCAGAGAGUCCAUCCAGUUUGUUGUACCGGAGGGGCUCCCCCUUGUGUUUGUUGUGGCGUAUUGCGACAUUAAAAAACAUUCUUUAACAACUGUUGAAGUUAGUUAUGAAAUAUGACUCUGUAAAGGCGAGUUUGAUUUACUUUAACCAUGAACUUCAAAUGUUUAUAGGGUGGGGGUUUAAAAGGUGUUACCCAGUACGUUCACUGUAAAGGGCGACACACACCCCCCCGACCUCGUCACGUAACGGCUGAUGUUGAGGACGGUGGUGUGGAGCUUUGGCGGCCGCGAUGCUUGUUGACGUGCGUUGUAACACGCUGCUAUUAUUUGCUCCCCUUAAUUGAUAAC